UUCCGCAGUUUAUAAUUUAUUAAUGAUAGAUUUUUGGAGUAAUUUAUGAGAGAAUCAUAGUGCAAUAAAUGAAAUUUGGAAUUUACUUUUUAUCUGAAGUUAUUAAUGUCUUCAUUUCUGGAAACGGGUCUCUUUUAAUUUUUGAAAAUGAUAUGUUAUCUGCUUUCCAGUUUAGGUAAAAGGGUUUAAUUUAACUUUCAAAGAUUGGUAUGAUUUUGCCAUUUUUUUUUCAAUAUAAUCGGAAUUUGAUGCUUGCUUUGGUUUGCGUCUAGGUUUGCUGAAUUUUAUAUUCUGUGGAUAGUUUUGUUUUCCAUUAACUGUUUUUAGUCUUUCUGUACGUGAUGAAAUUUUCUGUUGUUUCUGAAUUCCCCAUCUCUAGAGUUGCGCCGAUAUUUCCCAAGGAGUUUUGAUUCCUUUUUUGGUUUUAAUACGUUUAUGUAUGCUAUCACGAUUCUUAUGUAGCAUUUCAAUAAAGGAAUGUCAUGGUUGAUCCACUUAUAGCUUGUCGCGAUGUAUAAAGAGUGAGCGUGUAUUUUAAAACAAAAAUAAUGAACCUGUUGGAGUUGGAGUGCAAGUAUGGAAAAGUUUUGAGUUUUGGAUGGUUCACCCCUGUUGCUAAGGCUUUGUGUGUGAUUACAAAGAGAUGAGUCACACAAAACAUGAGCGGGAAGAUGGAAUGCUCUCUAAGGAUCAGACAGAAUCGCCAUUGAUCGAUGAUGGUAGCUGUGGAGGAGGUGGAGCUGGGGGAGUUGUUCUGAAGAAAGGACCGUGGACAUCAGCUGAAGACGCGAUUUUGAUUGACUAUGUGAAGAAGCAUGGGGAAGGCAACUGGAAUGCUGUUCAGAAACACUCUGGACUAUUUCGUUGUGGAAAGAGUUGCCGCUUACGUUGGGCAAAUCACCUGAGGCCGAACUUGAAGAAAGGGGCAUUUACUCAAGAAGAAGAACAGCUGAUCAUUGAACUCCAUGCAAAGAUGGGAAAUAAAUGGGCUCGGAUGGCAGCACAUAUGCCUGGUCGUACAGAUAAUGAGAUAAAAAAUUACUGGAAUACCCGGAUUAAGAGACGCCAACGUGCUGGGUUACCUCUGUAUCCUCCCGAAGUGUGCUUGCAAGCACUGCAGGAGAGCCACAGUACCAGUGUGGUUAAUGCAUUGGAUAAAGGGCCUAAUGAUAUCUUGCAGAACAAUAGCUAUGAGAUACCUGAUGUCAUAUUUGACAGUUUAAAGGCCAAUCAAAAUGUGCUUCCUUAUGUUCCUGAGCUUCCUGUUUUAUCCGCUAGCAGCAUGCUGAUGAAAGGUCUAGGUUCUUCUCAGUAUUGUGGUUUUAUGCAACCAACGAUCCAUCGCCAGAAGCGUCUUCGAGAGUCACCAGCCUUUUUUCCUGGCUACACUGGUGCUGUUAAAAACGAAUGCCCUUUGUUUAUGCAGUUUCAAGAAGAUAUAUCAGACAAGGCUGCUGGAUCCUUUGGGUUGUCUUUUCCAAUUGAACCAGAUCCUGCAGCAAAGAACUCCCAGCCUUUUGGUGUAUUCCCAGGUAGCCAUACCCUUUCAAAUGGCAAUUUCUCUGCUUCAGAGCCCCCUUUGGAGGCUGUGAAGUUGGAGCUCCCUUCACUCCAAUAUCCAGAAACUGAAUUAGGUAACUGGGGCACAUUAACUUGCCCACCACCUUUACUUGAGUCUGUUGAUGCUUUUAUCCAGUCACCACCUCCAACCAGUGGACUGGAGUCCGAUAGUCUUUCUCCCCGUAAUAGUGGCCUGCUGGAUGCUUUACUUCAUGAGGCAAAAACUCUAAGCAGUGCAAAGAAUCAUGCAUCUGACAAAAGUUCAAAUUCAUCUACCCCCGGUGAUAUAGCUGAAGGUUCAAAUUUCAACAUUUGUGAGACGGAAUGGGAAAAGUGUGGUGAACCUCUUUCUCCAAUGGGUAAUUCAGCAACUUCUAUUUUCAGUGAGUGUAUCAGUGCAAGUGGCAGUUCAUUGGAUGAACAGCCACCUGCUGAAACUGUUACAGAGUCCCAUGUGAAAUCCGAACCAGCUGACCGUGUUUUGACCCCAGAGAUACAAAAAGAGGCUCCUAUUCGGUUGGACAGUAGUGGCCCCGAUACUUUACUUGCUUCAAAUUGGCUUGAGCAGGGUUCUGGUUACGAUAAGGACCAAGCCAUCUUGACCGAUGCCAUAUCAAGCCUUCUUGGCGAUGAUUUGCGUAGUGAGUACAAGAAUAUGGAAGAAGGAACAUCUAUUUCAAGUCAAGCAUGGGGUCUCGAUUCUUGUGCAUGGAAUAACAUGCCUGCUGUCUGUCAAAUGUCUGAACUCCCUUGAGAUCUGCUAUCGCAAUUGUAUGAACUUCUCUGAAGCUUUUUUUGUUUGUUUGUUUCAUUCAUUCCAUGAUUUGGUGUGGGUAGGCAAUCGAACCUGAUGUACUGAAAGUUCAUUUGGGGUAUAGAUCAUCGUAAUAUGGUACCAGUCAUGGAUGUUUUUGGUCUGUUGUCUAUGAUGCUUUUUUUUUUGUGUCGAACUGUUGAAUGCAUGCAUGCCGAUAUGGAGCUCUGAGGUAUACAAAUGCAUUCUAGAUGUUGUUAUAACUUUUAGAAUAACCAUGCUCUUUUAGCAUGGACUCCCCAGACAAUGGUUUGCUAUUUGAUGCACAUGUCUUAAGUGAAAUGCUUGUGGUAGGGUUGUCAAUGGUGUCCGGUGGAGGGAAACACUGUUUUAAUUUAUAUCUAGAUCUCAAAAAUUGUCUCCAUUCAUAUACAAUCUGUAGAAAUUCGAGCUUAAUUUGAAGUUGAAGAUUAAAAGUUCAGCUUGAA